UUCACAGAACAUCAUGUCACUGCACUGGGCAUUGGAAGUUACUCUUGUGAGCUGCGUUAUUUUUGGUACCGUCGAUGCUGGAUCAUAUUGUGGACAAAACAGAAUGUUUGCGUGUGUACCUACUCGUUUUUGUUCCGAAAGUCGCGGCAUACCAUCAAAUUACAAUAAGCAGUGCUUCUCAUUCGAAACUUGCUGUGAUCUCAAUAAAAUCAUUUUUGGGAAGCGUUACAGUGGAGGACAAUUCCUGCCAGGUCCAUACGAUCAAAGUGUUUAUACCAGUGAGCUUCCCAAUAACACAGGUGGAAAAACAUCAACCACAGUAGGGGAAAAAUCUGUUACAGUUAAUAGUAACAAUCGUAAUAAUACAGGAAAAACUGCUACCACUUAUAAUCCAGGUCAGACUGCCUCGGCAAAUAGUCAAAUUCACAAUAAUUCGAAAGUACUGUUAAAGCAAGCCCUGUAUUGACUAAUACUCAAGGUUAUAUUAGUUUAAAAUAUUUUAGAAUAAAAUGUUCAAUAAAGAUAUCCGUUACUCUGUUUACUAAUUUCAAAA